UCAAGUCAGUGCUUUCUGAAAGUUUGAACUGAACUGCACACACACACGGUCAAGCAAAUACCACAGGGAACACACACACGCAGGGACACUCGACACUCGCACAUACACAGUCUAACCAUAAUACACACACAGAUGGAUGGACAGAGCUGAAAGUUUAAGCUUGCAUACAUAUACCCACACCCAGAAACACACACGAGUGCUGAAUUACGGUCAGGAUGAGUGGCGUGUCUGAGACUGCUGUGGUCAGUAGACCCUCGACUACCGUGAAGCGACACAAGAGUGUCAGGAAGAACUCCAGGCGGAUUUACUCAUCUUAUCAAGACAACCAGCCAGGCCAAUCAGAUGAGGAGGGCAAGGAGGAUGAGCAUGCAGACAGCAACGACCCAGAGCAGAUGUUCCAGAACAUCCAGUUUCAGAAGGAGAUCAUCGCCAACAUACGCACCCGAGCCUGGCCUAUGAGACGCAAGCUCAAAGCCCUCAAGCAGGCCAGAGAGAUUGUCCUGAAGUACGAGGGGAGGCUAACAAGGACCAGAGGGUACCAGGCUGCUGGGGCUGAUCUGCUGAAGAAGGUCUCCAGGUUGCUGUACAACAUCGUGGUUCUGUUUAUUCCCUGGGAGAUGAGGAUCAAGAAAAUAGAAAGUCACUUUGGGUCAGGGGUCGCCUCCUACUUCAUCUUCCUCAGAUGGCUGUUUGGUAUCAACAUAGUCCUCACUGUCAUGACUGGAGCAUUCAUAGUCAUACCUGAGCUCCUGGCCGGAGAGCCGUUCGGAACAACCCGGAGUAAGACCAUUCCCAAGGAGCACCUGGCCUCAGCCCAAGAUCUGGACACCAUCUGGUCUCUUGGGGGCUACCUCCAGUACUCGGUGUUGUUCUAUGGGUACUAUGGCCCGGUGAGGAAGCUCGGCAGUGCCGGCUAUCGCCUCCCCCUGGCCUAUUUUCUGGUUGGGAUGGCUGUUUUUGCCUACAGUUUCAUCAUUCUGUUAAGAAAGAUGGCUAAGAACUCCCGUCUGAGCCUAGCCAGUGCCUCUGAUGAGAACUUCACCUUCUGCUGGAGAGUGUUCUGUGCCUGGGACUACCUCAUAGGGAACCCUGAGGCUGCAGAGAGCAAGGGAGCCGCUAUCGUCAACAACAUCAGGGAGGCCAUUGUUGAGGAGCAGGAGAAAAAGAAGGAUACUAGUCUAGCAGUCCUGAUAAGUCUGCGUAUCCUAGCCAACAUCCUGGUCCUUCUCUCUCUGGCUGGCAGCAUUUAUAUAAUCUACUUUGUGGUGGACCGCUCCCAGAAACUAGAGCUGGAGAAACCAGAGCUAACACUAUGGGAGAAGAAUGAGGUGAGUGUGGUGGUGUCCCUCAUCACCAUGAUCGCCCCGUCUGCCUUUGAGCUGGUGGCUCAGCUGGAGAUGUACCAUCCCAGGACCUCCCUGCGCUUCCAGCUGGCCAGAGUCCUGGUGUUGUAUCUGGGUAACCUGUACAGCCUCAUCAUUGCCCUUCUGGACAAGGUCAACAGUAUGAGUAUGGCGUCAGCUGCUGCAGCUGUAAGUAGGAACUUGUCUGACUCCACGGCAUUCAUGGCGACCAUCUCCCAGCCGGGGGAGACGAGCCUCUCCACCCUCGUGUCCGACAUCUCCAUCUCUGAAAACCACAACAGCACCAUAGCGACCAUUGCCAUGGUGCUGGAUGUCAACACCAGCAUCAGCACCAGCAAGCAGAACAAGCAGAAGAAACCGGACGAGUGCUGGGAGACCUACGUUGGACAGGAGAUGUUGAAGCUGUCUAUCAUCGAUAUGAUCUUCACGGUGGCCAGUAUCCUGUUGAUAGACUUCAUCAGAGGGCUGGUGGUCAGGUACCUGAGUGACUGCUGCUGCUGGGACCUGGAGAGCAAGUUUCCUGAGUAUGGGGAAUUCAAGAUAGCUGAGAAUGUACUCCACCUGAUAUAUAACCAAGGAAUGAUCUGGAUGGGUUCGUUCUUCUCUCCCUGUCUGCCUGCCUUUAACGUGUUGAAGCUGAUAGGCUUGAUGUACCUGAGGAGUUGGGCUGUGCUCACCUGUAACGUCCCUCACCAACAGGUGUUCAGAGCAUCCAGAUCAAAUAAUUUCUACCUGGCUAUGCUGUUGUUCAUGCUUUUUCUGUGUAUGCUGCCCACCAUCUUCGCCAUAGUGAGAUACAGACCUUCCCAACACUGUGGGCCAUUUAGCGGUCAGGAGAAGAUUUAUGACAUCAUCUCAGAGACGAUAGCCAAUGACUUCCCGCUGUGGUUCAGUAAAGUGAUGAGUUACGUCACCAGCCCUGUCGUAGCGUUGCCCGCUCUGCUGCUGCUGUUCAUGUUGAUCUACUACCUUCAGGCCAUUGCCAGAUCCCUUAAAUUCACCAACAACCAGCUGAGGAUGCAGCUUCAGACUGAGAGAACAGAAGAAAAGAAGAAGGUAUUACAGCUGGCUUCAGCAAGGCUACAGGCCCCAGAGGUCCCCGGGGGGGACAGGAAGCCUGACCAGCAGGAUGGUGACAUCACCAGCCGCGACUCGUCCAUUCGCACGCCGUCGCCCCGACCCAACGGCAGUGUCACAAACUUCCAGUCGCCCGAUCGUCGUGGCAACGGCAUCCGCACCAUCACCCAGUCGGCAUCGAGAGUCGAGACCGCUAGGGCGACAUUUGCUGCUGGAGCGCCGAGAAGUCCAACAGUGUCCAUACUUCACAAGCAAAGGCCGGAGAUAAUCCCUAACAGACACCCUUCCUACCUGGGGGGCCCUAGCGGUACCUGCAGGUCCAAGUCCUACCAUCAUGUGGCGUACAACCCCCCGACACGCUACUCCUCAGAGAACAUCCACUCCGACCCACUCUACAGGAAGACCAUCAGGCCCAUGCACUCCGCAGAGGCAGCUGGGAUAGUGACCGCCCAGAGCUACGUGGGCCGUCGCCCCUACACCACGCGCUACGUCAUCGUCAACGAGCACGAAGCUAGGAAAAAGUUGCUUCGAUCAGCCACACGCGUCCCGCGCCACUUCCGAGCGGAGGACCCGGGGGGUGAAAUCGUAGAGCUGAUCCCGCGGAAUACCAAGCGGUAUACUCCAAGGGCUCCGCAUCUGUAUGGGCACCCACACAGGUCGAAUCCGCGGCAGUCACACCUGAGUGAUGAAGAGGAGGAGGAAGAGGCAGGGGGGAAGAGGGAGUCCAGGAGGGGGUCGUUCGGGCAGACUCACCGGCCCCGCUCACUCUCCGACCUCCAACAGCCAGCUCGCUUCUACAUCGGAGAGCGCCUGGAGACCAAGCUGUCUAUGGCGUCAAAAGACAGCCACACUGCUAGGGGGCGCUACGGCGGUGAAGCCCAAAAAGGGGACUGGGAGGAUAUGGAGACGCGCUUGCACUCCCUCUCCCAGACCAGCAUCAGAGGAGCGGAGCUUCCACCACCAGUCAGGCACACACAGUCCCCAGCCAGACACCCCCACACCCCCAGCAGACUUGUACACUCACCCCCCCAGGGCCCUGGAAGAUGCCUGGAGCCCCAGGUCAAGCCCAAGACAUCCAGGUCCAAACUGGAGCCUUCCCUGACUGAGUCGGACUCGGCCUCUCUGGCCUCCAGUAGCGACCAGCAGAACAGCAGCACAGACCAGUACAUCCAGGUCAUUCACAACAAGGAGAAGUAUCUCAAGUCUGAGGCAAGGCAAGGCAAACUGGCUAAGAAGAAGUCCAAAGCCAGUAUAGAUCUCAAUGUGUCUGGGUCCAAAGACCUGGUCUGCUCCAACGUGUAGUUGGUGUAUUUGUAUUGUGAAUAUAUCUAGGUUUAUUUAACCUUUAUUAAUCCAUGUAAGUUAUUGACAGUAGUGUAAAGUACUUAAGUAAAAAAUACUUUAAUGUACUACUUAAGCAGUUUUUUGGGGUAUAUGUACUUUACUUUUACUCAAAUCAAAUCAAAUGUAUUUAUAUAGCCCUUCGUACAUCAGCUGAUAUUUCAAAGUGCUGUACAGAAACCCAGCCUAAAAACCCAAACAGCAAGCAAUGCAGGUGUAGAAGCACGGUGGCUAGGAAAUACUCCCUAGAAAGGCCAAAAACUAGGAAGAAACCUAGAGAGGAACCAGGCUAUGAGGGGUGGCCAGUCCUCUUCUGGCUGUGCCGGGUGGAGAUUAUAACAGAACAUGGCUAAGAUGUUCAAAUGUUCAUAAAUGACCAGCAUGGUCAAAUAAUAAUAAUCACAGUAGUUGUCGAGGGUGCAGCAAGUCAGCACCUCAGGAGUAAAUGUCAGUUGGCUUUUCAUAUCCGAUCAUUAAGAGUAUCUCUACCACUCCUGCUGUCUCUAGAGAGUUGAAAACAGCAGGUCUGGGACAGGUAGCAUGUCGAGUGAACAGGACAGGAUUCCAUAGCCGCAGGCAGAACAGUUGAAACUGGAGCUGCAGCACGGCCAGGUGGACUGGGGACAGUAAGGAGUCAUCAUGCCAGGUAGUCCUGAGGCAUGGUCCUAGGGCUCAGGUCCUCCGAGAGAAAGAGAGAAUCAGAGAGAGCAUACUUAAAUUCACACAGGACACCGGAUAAGACAGGAGAAGUACUCCAGAUAUAACAAACUGACCCUAGCCCCCGACACAUAAACUACUGCAGCAUAAAUACUGGAGGCUGAGACAGGAGGGGUCAGGAGACACUGUGGCCUCAUCCGAUGAUACCCCCGGACAGGGCCAAACAGGAAGGAUAUAACCCCACCCACUUUGCCAAAGCACAGCCCCCACACCACUAGAGGGAUAUCUUCAACCACCAACUUACCAUCCUGAGACAAGGACGAGUAUAGCCCACAUUGAUCUCCGCCACGGCACAACCCAAGGGGGGAGCGCCAACCCAGACAGGAAGAUCACAUCAGUGACUCAACCCACUCAAGUGAUUCACCCCUCCUAGGACGGCAUGAAGGAGCACCAGUAAGCCAGUGACUCAGCCCCCGUAAUAGGGUUAGAGGCAGAGAAUCCCAGUGGAGAGAGGGGAACAAGCCAGGCAGAGACAGCAAGUGCUGUUCGUUGCUACAGAGCCUUUCCGUUCACCUUCACACUCCUGGGCCAGACUACACUCAAUCAUAUGAUCCACUGAAGAGACUCUUCAGUAAAGACUUAAAUGUUGAGACCGAGUCUGCGUCUCUCACAUGGGUAAGGAGACCAUUCCAUAAAAAUUGAGCUCUAUAGGAGAAAGCCCUGCCUCCAGCUGUUUGCUUAGAAAUUCUAGGAGGCCUGCGUCUUGUGACCGUAGAUUACGUGUAGGUAUGUAUGCAGGACCAAAUCAGAAAGAUAGGUACUACAUUACAUUCCUAAAGAAAAUAAUGUGCUUUUUACUCCCUGACACCCAAAAGUACUUGUUACAUUUUGAAUGCUUAGCAGGACAGGAAAAUUGUCUAUUUCACACACAUCAAGAGAACAUCCCUGGUCAUCCCUACUGCCUCUGAUCUGGCAGACUCACUAAACACAAAUACUUAAUUUGUAAAUUAUGUCUGUAUGUUGAAUUGUGCCCCUAGCUAUCCGUAAAUUUAAAAAACAAGAGCAUCGUGUCGUCUGGGUUUCUUCUGCCCCUGUGCAAGCCAGUUAACCCAUUGUUCCCCGGGUGCCGAAGAUGUGGAUGUCGAUUAUGGCAGCCACCCGCACCUCUCUGAUUCAGAGGGGUUGAGUUAAAUGUAGAAGACACAUUGUAGUCGAAUGUAUUCAGUUGUACGACUGACUAGGUAUCCUCCUUUCCCUUUCCUAAAUUAAUAUAAGGAAUUUGAAAUGUACUUUUUAUACUUAAGUAUAUUUUAGCGAUUCACAUUUACUUUUGAUACUUAAGUAUAUUUAAAACCAAACACUUUUAGACUUUUACUCAAGUAGAAUUUUACUGGGUGACUUUCACUUUUACUUGAGUCAUUUUCUUUUAAGGUAUAUUUACUUUUACUCAAGUACGACAAUUAGGUACUUUUUCCACCACUGGUUAUUGAAAGCAAAUGAUAUUUUACAAUAUUGACCUGUUGAGUUAAUUGUUUUGUAAUGGGUUACAUAAAGUCGUAUUGUAAACCACAGAAAAUGUGAAUAGUCCAUUCAUGGCCAAUGCUAUACUUUGUGUGUGUUAACAAACAGCUCUAUGUGCAUAAUAUGCAUAACAUAUUAUAUGCUCACAUUGUCAUGGAUACUGUGCUUGUUCUCAAUCAAAUAAAUAUCAUGGUCAAUGGUCCAAAGUAGUGUACCUAAGCAUCAGAUUGUUUUGUUCUACUCAAGGUUAUGUGUACAGCCCUUGAUGUUUGUUUUAGUGUUAUCACAAACAGGUGUUAUAUUGGCUAUUAUGUGUGUGUACAUUACAUUGUACCAUUCAAACAUGGCCUUCAAUUCAGUAAAAUUAUGAUACCGUAGUAAAGUAUGAUGUGCAACAUAUAUAAUAUACUCUGCAAAAAAAGAAACGUCCUUUUUUCAGGACCCUGUCUUUCAAAGAUAAUUAGUAAAAAUCGAAAAUAACUUCACAGAUCUUCAUAGUAAAGGGUUUAAACACUGUUUACCAUGCUUGCUCGAUGAACCAUAAACAAUUAAUAUACAUGCACCUGUGGAACGGUCUUAAGACACUAACAGCUUACGGACGGUAGGCAAUUAAGGUCACAGUUAUGAAAACGUAGGACACUAAAGAGGCCUUUCUACUGACUCUGAAAAACACCAAAAGAAGGAUGCCCAGGGUCCCUGCUCAUCUGUGUGAACGUGCCUUAGGCAUGCUGCAAGGAGGCAUGAGGACUGAAGAUGUGGCCAGAGUAAAUUGCAAUGUCCGUACUGUGAGACACCUAAGAUAGCGCUACAGGGAGACAGGAUGGACAGCUGAUCAUCCUCGCAGUGGCAGACCACAUGUAACAACACCUGCACGGGAUCGGUACAUCCGAAGAUCACACCUGCGGGACAGGAACAGGAUGGCAACAACAACUGCCUGAGUUACACUAGGAACGCACAAUCACUCAAUCAGUGCUCAGACUGUCCACAAUAGGCUGAGAGAGGCUGGGCUGAGGGCUUGUAGGCCUGUUGUAAGGCAGGUCCUCACGAAACAUCACCGGCAACAGUGUCGCCAAUGGGCACAAACCCACCGUCGCUGACCCAGACAGUACUGGCAAAAAGUGCUCUUCACUGACGAAUCACGGUUUUGUCUCACCAGGGGUGAUGUUCAGAUUUGCGUUUAUUGUCAAAGGAAUGAGCGUUACACCGAGGCCUGUACUCUGGAGCGGGAUCAAUUUGAUUUGGAGGUAGAGGUUCCAUCAUGGUCUGGGGCGGUGUGUCACAGCAUCAUCAGACUGAGCUUGUUGUCAUUGCAAACAAUCUCAAAGCUGUGCGUUACAGGGAAGACUUCCUCCUCCCUCAUGUGGUACCCUUCGUGCAGGUUCAUCCUGACAUGACCCUCCAGCAUGACAAUGACACCAGCCAUACUGCUCGUUCUGUGCAUGAUUUCCUGCAAGACAGGAAUGUCAGUGUUCUGCCAUGGCCAGUACAAAGAGCCCGGAUCUCAAUCCCAUUGAGCACGUCUGGGACCUGUUGGAUCGGAGGGUGAGGACUAGGGCUAUUCCCCCCAGAAAUGUCUAGGAACUUGCAGGUGCCUAGCUGGAAGAGUGGUGUAACAUCUCACAGCAAGAACGGGCAAAUCUGGUGCAGUCCAUGAGGAGGAGAUGUACUGCAGUACUUAAUGCAAGUGGUGGCCACACCAGAUACUGACUGUUACUUUUGAUUUUGACCCCUCCUUUGUUCAGGGACACAUUAUUCCAUUUCUGUUCCAUUUCUGUUUGUCACAUGUCGGCGAUGUCAUCUACAAAAUGGCUUCCAACACUCUACUCAGCAAACUGGAUGCAGUCUAUCACAGUGCCAUCCGUUUUGUCACUAAAGCACCUUAUACCACCCACCACUGCGACUUGUAUGCUCUAGUCGGCUGGCCCUCACUACAUAUUCGUCGCCAGACCCACUGGCUCCAGGUCAUCUACAAGUCCAUGCUAGGUAAAGCUCCGCCUUAUCUCAGUUCACUGGUCACGAUGGCAACACCCAUCCGUAGCACGCGCUCCAGCAGGUGUAUCUCACUGAUCAUCCCUAAAGCCAACACCUCAUUUGGCCGCCUUUCGUUCCAGUACUCUGCUGCCUGUGACUGGAACGAAUUGCAAAAAUCGCUGAAGUUGGAGACUUUUAUCUCCCUCACCAACUUCAAACAUCAGCUAUCCGAGCAGCUAACCGAUCGCUGCAGCUGUACAUAGUCUAUAGGUAAAUAGCUCACCCAUUUUCACCUACCUCAUUCCCAUACUGUUUUUAUACUGUUUUUAUUUAUUUACUUUUCUGCUCUUUUGCACACCAAUAUCUCUACCUGUACAUGACCAUCUGAUCAUUUAUCACUCCAGUGUUAAUCUGCAAAAUUGUAUUAUUCGCCUACCUCCUCAUGCCUUUUGCACACAUUGUAUAUAGACUGCCCAUUUUUUCUACUGUGUUAUUGACUUGCUAAUUGUUUACUCCAUGUGUAACUCUGUGUUGUCUGUUCACACUGCUAUGCUUUAUCUUGGCCAGGUCGCAGUUGCAAAUGAGAACUUGUUCUCAACUAGCCUACCUGGUUAAAUAAAGGUGAAAUAAAAAA